AUGUGCAACUUCGACCCAGACACAUUUGGUAGGACAAAUCCAGAUCUCAAACUAGAUGGCAUCAUACUACCUAGAGUGAGCAAAUUCAAAUACCUAGGGUCAGUAAUUUCAGACGAUGACAAAAUAACAGCAGAUAUAACACAUAGAACAACAUCUGCAUGUAACAGAUGGCGCGAGCAAACAAGUGUAUUUUGUGAUCCAAGAAUGCCCAUUAGAACAAAAGGCAGGGUCUACAAAACAUGCAUACGACCGGCUUUACUUUAUGGAGGCGAAACAUGGGCUUCGUUGCAAACACAUGAGCAAAAGCUUCAUACUACGGAAAUGCGCAUGCUGCGGUGGUCAGGAGGAGUUAGCCUUAAAGAUAAAAUCCGUAAUGAACAUGUAGGUGGCAGUUUUAAGGUAGCGCCUAUUGCUGAGAAACUUAAAGAGUUCAGGCUGAGAUGGUAUGGUCAUGUUAUGCGAGGACCCGACGAUCACGUGGUGAAAAAGAGCCUCUCCAUGGCUACACAAACAAGAAAAAGAGGUAGGCCAAAAACUACCUGGAUGACGAAUGUCCAGAAGGACAUGAAAAUUUGGAUCUUUCUACAAACGAUGCCUAUAAUCAGAAGGAAUGGCGCCUCAGGAUUGGUAAUGCCGACCCUGCAUAACGGCAAGUGGCGAGGAUAA